AUGGCACCGGCUUUUGGAGCGCAGGACCCGACGGCAGAUAGGGACGCGCCUCACCACUUGAAUGCUGCGAGAUCCAAGCAGAUCUCGCCGUACUCGCACGAUGCCAACGAAGCUCGUCCAGCCGACCGCAGCUCUGACCAGGGACGCCGGGAGUUGCUGGACUUGCACUCGCGUGGUGAGAUAACUCUACCACUCGCAUCCCAGUCCAACCCUGGCCCCGAGCCCACGAGUCCUGUCCGUCCUCCCAAAUCCUUUCACUCUCACCGGCGAACGGCCUCUUCUAUUACCCCUACUGCCCCUUCACUUCCGUCCGCAGAGAGCACUUGUGCCCGACCGACGACCACUGCCCUUGACAUCAGCGAUGCCGUACAGCCACAGCUCUCAGAGCGCGAUAGCAUUUUCGCUACCCAUUACCUGCCCUACGCUAGCCCCGUGACGCCCAAUAUUCCCGCCAGAAAGGGCAGGAGCGCGGAGUGCAGGAGCGGCGACGACAAACACAGCAACAACAUCAGAGACGGAAAGAGCGACGCGGCAAUGGCAGCAUCCCCGCUGCGGCCGAACAAUCCCAUGAUGGACUUCCACUGUCCUGCCCUCCGCAAGGACAUUGCACCGUCAUAUCACUACACCAAAUCACCACCACAGCAAAUCACACACCGCGCCCGGCCAAGCCGCACAAGUUUGCCUACCAAAUAUCACCGCCGAUCAUUGUACGACGUCCACGAGUUUGCUUCGCUGCCAAUCGCAAGCCUUCUCCAGACUGGAGCUCUUCCCGAACCGUCGCUGCCCGACACUCCUCUCAUACCAGACUACCUACCAACGACGCCCAGCCCAAACUUGAAGGCGAUGGAUUACGCGCAGGAUCUGGAUCGAAGCGCAGAGAGGGAGCAAUAUCGAUCCUGGAGAAAAGGUCAGGCCAAGAUGAACGGCAUGUCGAUCAAGGAAUCGCAGCGCCCGGUCAGCAAGGGCACCGUUGGCGUGGACCGGGUCAUUGACGCCCAGCUGCCACAGCCUGAGCCGACGGCAAACGCACGUAGCCGGAAGACCAGUCACUAUCUCGGCCUGUUCCGAGAGAAUGAGGCAGAGGAGCGGAGGGACAAUGCGAAGAAGAAGGCAACCAAGAACAGAGACGGACAGAAGGAGCUGGAGUCGCAGUUGUCAAAGGAUAUCAGAGCUCAGGCAACAGAGGCUACCAUCUCAGAGGACGUGGAGUCUGUGGAGGAUGGUGACGACGUCACCAUUUCCAAGGAGCGAAUGGCUCGCCAGUUGCCAUUGGCAUUGCUGGACGAGAUUCGCAAUCAUGGCAACCUCGCCCCAAGACCGGGUCGCCAAAUUUCCUAUCGAGACCACGUUUCCUCUCGAGAAUCGGAACGUAGAGCACAGGACCACGCACGGGACUCAGCCAAAUCUGAGGAAGAUGGUUUUGGCCCCGAGCAGAUUACCUCGGCAAUCUACUAUCCUCACGCUGUCCUUCCAGACUCACCGACCGAGGAUGAGCUCAUCACCACACAGACGAAGAAGACGGCCGACACAACCGCAGCGCCUCAACAGGCCCCAAGCAACGAUGUACAGGUGUCUUUGGAAGGGGACGGUUCCCGCGACUACCUGCAAGGCAUUUCUCGCGAGGCCUCAGACACUCAAUUGAAGGAAAAGUCGCAAACCACUCUACCGGCCUUGCCGUCGCCGGCGUUCGAAAGCGAAUACGAAACCGAUGGGUUCUAUACCGAAGACGACGAGACGGAAGUGACUACCCCGACCGCCACUCCCGGGACCCGGCCGCAUGAUAGAAGUCUUCCAGCGCCGGCGCCAGUUGGUGCGGUCGAGUUGAAGCCCUUCAAGCACCAAGUCGGUGGGCAUACACCGGUCUAUCGCUUUUCGCGGCGGGCAGUAUGCAAGCAGCUCAAUAGCAAAGAAAACAAGUUCUACGAGACCGUAGAGCGUAGUCACCCAGAACUUCUCGGUUUCAUGCCUCGUUACAUUGGCGUGCUCAACGUCACGUACCGUAAGGAGCAGAGAAGGCGGAAACAAACGGUUUCAGAGGAAUCAAAGCCACAUGAGGACAUGGAUACUAAUCCUGGGCCAAGUGAGCAAGCCACUGCGGAUAAGCAAAAAGAUCAGGAUGCCGAGGAGCCACGGAUGAUCAGCCAUUCCAUGCAGACACCCGCCGCCAUUCCGCAGGUCAUAUUCGAGAAUAAUCGGCAUCUCAUUCCGGACAGUCUGUUUGGCAUACCGCCUCGUCCGGUAACUCCAGAUCUGGAGAGGACCCACUGUCUGCCACCUACACGGGAAGGCCACAGUGACGAUGAGGCUUGGAACGAAGCUGUCCCCCGGCCUCCAAUGAAAUCUGCCCAAAGCUGGGGCUUCACUACACGCAAUUCACAGCUCCGAGAUCACGUCUUGCGCGAAGUCUUCGCUCCACCUGUGAUCCACAAGUCAGAUAGGCGGGAGCGAGCGUAUCAUUCCCGGACACUGCGCAAGCUUCCGAGACACCUCGAGAAUGACACCGAAUCUCAGCGAAGACAGAACUCGAUUGACUUGUCUUCUCUCCAGCGAUUACAACCCUCGGCUACCACCCAGAAUUCGCCAGUGUCCUCGCGAAGACGGGUGCAGCAGACCCAAAGCGACUUGCCUGACGACCCGCCCAAUGCUGACAUGGGAAGACUUGUGCGUGAAAAGCCAGGGCUUAGUAAGAGCGCCGAGAACGGAAACGAUCCUGGAUUGAACGUACCGGCAGGUCGGCCUCACCACCGCAGGAGGCAUUCGGGAGGCGGUCUCACGCGCAAGCCAACAGACAUCGAGGGCAAUCGUGGGGACCUCGAGUUUCAUGAGAAUGAAGACGAAGCAUACAGUGCAGAUGCCGAGGAAGAUGUCUUCGCAAUGGACGAUGUGAACAGAGACCAGCCAGGACGGCAGAGAAAGCUAGGAUCCAGUGCGGCUCAUGCAAGAGGUACCGAGCUGCCGGAAUCAGUCGUCCGUGCUCAAAGUCACCUUGCGCCUCGCUUGGAACCUGCCAUCGACCUGACCAAGUUGGAGCCGCGAAACCCCGAGACGUCUCUGGUACAGCAUGAUGAACGUGUUGAGCGCUUCUUGCUGCUUGAGGAUCUGACAUCUGGCAUGCAAAAGCCCUGUGUGCUCGAUCUGAAGAUGGGGACCCGGCAAUACGGCGUAGAAGCAACCAAGAAGAAACAAGAUUCGCAACGUAUGAAGUGCAAGACGACGACUUCUAGGAAACUCGGCGUGCGUGUGUGCGGCAUGCAGGUCUAUAAUGUCAGGAAACAGAAAUACGAUUUCGAGGACAAGUACUUUGGCCGCGACCUUCAAGCUGGAUCGCAGUUUGAGGAAGCCCUGAAGCGCUUUUUCUUCGACGGUAUUGGCUAUGCGCAGGCUUUGAAGCACAUCUCCUCUGUGCUGGACAAGAUCAAUAACCUUGAUAGCAUCAUUCGGAAGCUGCCCGGCUAUCGCCUUUAUGCCAGCAGCCUGCUCAUGAUCUACGAUCGAGGCGACGCCGACGAGAACGGGAAAGUCGUAGCGGAGAAGGAUGAGCAUGGACGACCCGCGCAAUACGGCGAUAUCAAGUUGAAGAUUGUCGACUUUGCCAAUUGCGUCACUGCAGAAGACAGAGAGCGAGUGAUGCGCAAGCCUUGCCCACCCGCCCAUCCAGAUGCCAUCGACAAAGGCUACCUCCGCGGGCUGAGAAGCCUGAAAGCCUACUUUCAGAAAAUCUACCAAGAACUCCUCAGUCAGCGCUACGUGGAGCGUGGCGAGGGUGAAGGCAUGGCCAUCGACCAGCGCGGGAUUAGUAACGCCACGACUCACAAGGGUUGGACUGACAGCGUCAUCGACGACCCUGGCGAGGUGAGCUUUUAA